AUGAGGCUCAUGCUGAUCUACCUGUGGAUUUUCAAAAUCCACACCAACGCGGUCAAGACACUAACGACCAUUGACAUAAGCAAGGAUAUUGAAGACGUAAAAAUCGGACGACACGACACCAACUUGAGCAACACAAAGGAGUACAACGUCACCAUUAAGCCAGAUCUGAAGAUAUCCAAGGUGGUCGACGGCGAUAUCCGCAUUUGGCAGAACGCAUAUGGAGGCGAGAAGUGCACUUUCUGCCACGUGUGGAACUACAAAAAGAAGCCCGUGCUCGUGAUGCUGUUCAUUCAGCAGUUCAACGACUUCUACGUCAUCAUGAGAUACAGGCUUUUUCACGGCACCUGGGUUCCCAUCACCAAAACGCUCUACAACGAGAUCUCAAAAUCAAUUGCCGACUUCACUGGCGACGAGUUCGACCUCGAGGUCGACAUAAAUCAGCGGUUCAACCCCGACAUGCUCACGAUCCACGUUUCUGCGUUCGACCAGUACACCAGCUACAAGCUGACGCCUGCCGUGGGCUACCACAUCGACAAGGUGAGGUUCGCCCAAACCAUGCUUUGGCAGCGCACUGAGUACCAGGAGGAGGUACUCGAAAUUGUGCUCCUGGUCAACGACGGCAGAUUCGAGUACAUGAGCAUCAUGUAUGAGACUUACUACGAGACUGCCGACACCAUCUACUUCAAAUACGAGUCGAGGUGGGAGCGCACGUCCCGGGAGGACUUCUUCCACAAACCGGACCCGCCGAGGACCCUGAAACCACACGUUUUCUUCUCCGAGCGGCGGAACGAGGACUACAACAGGCCCGGCGAGGGCACCGAGUCCGCCUCCUCAGGACAACCUGAUGACGCGGACGAAGUUCCUCCGGGCACUGCGCGAUUCCGUGGCCUAACCAGCAGGCCGUUCUUCGGAAACACUCGGCAGUCUUCGGCAAGUGCAGCUGCGUCUGGAUCCUCUGCCACCUUCCCGUCGAGUCCACAGGCCUCCUCGAGUCCCGGGCCUUCUGGGCUGCCAAGAUCUGGCAUUCAAACAUACUAUGCGCAGCCCUCAGACAGCAAAGAUGCGCAGGACGCAACUCCCAAGCAGUUGAGCAGCGACCUCUUCAAAAAGCCGGAGCCUCCAAAGCAGAAACACCGCCUAGAGCUCAACCCUGCCGACUUAGUAAGGCCCUGGGAGCGAACUCACAAGGUCAGGCCGCCCCUGACCACUGGCGGCAGCUUUAGCGGGAGCCGCAAUUUUCACCACUCUGCGCACUCCAAGUUUUCUCCGAAAGGUUACGUUAGAGUAUGGAAGGGCUUGGCUCCGGCCACCUUCUGCUAUCCUUCGCAAGUAGCCCGUGACAUGUCCAGGCCUCAGUCUAGGAUCGACUCCCAGCCCUCAACUUCUAAAGACCAGCCUUCGAAAUCCGGGGGCAGGCCUUCAUCUUCCUCUGAAAAGCGCGAAAAAGACUCCAAGGAUUCUCAGGGCUCCGGCAGUGAGAAAUAUGAGAAUCCUGCUACCUCCUUCAGCUACAGGCAGACUCGUUCCCGGGGUUCGAUCUACCGACCCAUGCCCGUUUACCUGUGCGACCACAAUGUUAACCAGCAGCCUCCCGAAGUUGCGACCAUCGAGCCCACUUCAGGGCGACAAUCAUCUCCAAUUUCCGAACUCAUAACCAGUGUGUACCCCGAGCUAAGUGGAGAAAAUCCCGAUCUAACCGACGUGCCCGAGAACUACAUGAGCAUUCUCGAGCGGUCCGAAAACCAGCUGGAGAGCGACCUUUCCAACUUCGAGGAGUACCUUGAAGAGUUCGAGGAGUACGAGUUCACCAACAAGCGCCACAAGAGGAGGAAGGGCGACAGCAACUUCUUCCAGGAGAACGAAAAAAUUAAAACUGACGUUCUGAACGGCGUGGCUCUUAACUUACACGAAAUUCAUGACAGUCAUCCCGACUACAUCGUCGAGUGUCAGUCCUACUACGGCGUGCCUGUCUUCAAAAUUACGCCAACUGGCAGUGUCCAUUUCAACAGCGUUUUGGCUGGCGACAAGAUUGCCUGGACAAACCACAACUUCGGCACCUGCCACGUCGUAAAGGCUGUGGUCAUGAACGGCCGCUACAGUGCCAUUGAAAUCCUCGUCAAGAGGAUAAGCAACUUGAGCUACUUGCACUACAAGUAUGAGAAGGGCUACUACACGAGCGUGCACACACCAACAUACAUGACCUUCGUGACAAAAUAUGCAGCAGAAUUGUACGAAGAGUACAAAAAGAGGGCUGAAAAUAUUCAAGAUAGGCUCGGAAACCGAGAAGAGCGAGAAAAAAUGACCCAGGCUAUCCUAAAGGAGCAAGAGGAGAUAUCAAAGGAGUGCUACAAGCAAUACAUGAGCGGCGAGACUACAUUGUUGGAGUCUGGCGUCGAACCGUUCAGCUUAACUGCGAAAAGACGAAUACGAGUUAGGAAGAGAAAAAAGCCAUCAGACCCGCCAGCAAACUCUUAA